GUUCUCGGCGCUAACCGCCUUCCUCAGGACUCGAACACCGCCCGGGCUCAGCUGCAGUCCGGGCUCCUCCAGUCGCUGCGGGUCAGAGAUGAUGACGACAAGCGGGCAUACGGUCGCAUCCGUGUCCGCUUCCAGACCGUUUUAGUUGGCGAGUAUCGGCACGGGUUUGUCCCGGAGGUGAGAGGGAUUCGUUGAGCCGAGCUAGCUUCCAGUGCGGUGACCGCACCCCCCUGCUCGUCCCGUUGGCCGACUUCUCCGCACGGCGUCGCCAUGAGCGCCAUGCGUGUGGACGCCAAGGUGGUGAUGCUGGGGAAGGAGAGCGUAGGGAAGACGAGCCUGGUGGAGCGAUACGUUCACCACCGCUUCCUGGCCGGCCCGUACCAGAACACAAUCGGCGCUGCUUUUGUUGCCAAACCAAUCCAGGUGGGAGAGAAAGUGAUUACCCUGGGAAUCUGGGACACAGCUGGAUCAGAGCGCUACGAAGCCAUGAGUCGAAUCUACUACAGAGGAGCUCGAGCCGCCAUCGUCUGCUACGAUCUGACUGACAGCAGCAGCUUCCAGAGAGCCAAGUUCUGGGUGAAAGAGCUGCAAAACUGCGAGGAGCUCUGUAAGAUCUAUCUGUGUGGAACAAAGACGGACUUGAUCGGAGGAGACCGAAGUCUGCGUCAGAUCGACUACCACGAUGCACAGGACUUCGCUGAAGAGAUCGGAGCGCAGCAUUUUGAAACCUCCAGUAAAACGGGAAACAAUGUUGAUGAGCUGUUCCAGAAAGUUGCUGAGGAUUACAACGACGGUGCUUUCCAGUACAUGACGGAGGAGCCGGGCGUCGACUUGGGCCAGAAGAAAGACUCGAUCUUCUACAGCUGCUGCCACAACAACUGACCGAGCAACAGGAGGAAGGAAAACAGACGUCGCGCCUCCUCUGGAGUCGAGCCUGGAUGUGCUGCGAUGACUUCAUAUCCAAACAACAGAAGGCGACCAACCGGAGCGGUCUGCAACUCCAUGUUUAUUUACGUUGUGCCAUAAAGAACUGAGAGCUGCAGGAUUUUAGAGGAAGACGUGCCGCUCUGAAACUGAUGCCAAGUGUUGAGGGAUUUAAAGACUUCACCCUCGCGUUUUAGUUCAGUGUCAAAUGAUGGUUUCUCAGUAGCUCGCAGGGAGAAAACUAAAGCUACAGUUCUGGACAAUCGGGCUGGGGUUAGAAUCACCACUGACGAAGACGGCGAAGCAGUGCUGGAACUCACUGGAGGAGGAGGAAAACUUCACGAAGGCAGUUCAGAGUUUCAGGACGACGAAUCGUGUUUACAGCUUUUAAUUUACCUCCCGUUGUUUUCACGUGUAUUUAAAGUAAGCCGGUGGGAUUUCUAGUCAUCGAAAACCAAAACGCUCGAAUUUUAACUCAAAGUCCUGCUUUUGAACCACGUUCACAUCAGGUGUAAUAAACGGUACAAGCUUCAGAGGCUUUGAGUCGACGUACGAAUGGUGAUGCUCCUUGGUGUGUUUUUUUUCCACUUCGACACUUAUGGAUGUAUUAAAAGGCUGAAACACGACUCAGCCCAGAGGCCAUGUAUACAAAGUUUCUGCAGACAGAGUCCAUUACAGGUGCAGGUCAGUUUGUUGGUACUCUUUCACUAUGAAUAAA